AUGGCUAGCGAGGUGAAGAAUGUUAUUGUUAUUGGGGCCGGUGGUAAUGUUGGCACCAUUCUAAUUCCUGCGUUGCUCGACGCAGGAUUUACCGUCUCCGCCUUGGUCCGACCUUCGACAAAUGCUACAUUUGUAGGCAAUGUAACGGUGCAGAAAGCUGAUUACACUGAUUUCAAUGCCCUUGUUGCUGCGUUUAAAGGCCAAGACGCGGUGAUCUCGACUAUGGGGACUUUCAGCGCCCACCUUCAGCAAACUGCUAUAGACGCCGCUGCAGUCGCGAAUGUUAAGCGGUUCAUCCCUAGUGAAUAUGGAGGCGAUACUUCUCACACGGACAACGUGAGCUUCGCACCAUUUCCAAAGGAGAAAAGGCGGAUCGUGGAGUAUCUUCAAAGCAAGGAAGCAGAAGGGUUGACCUGGACUGCGAUUUGUACUGGAGCCUUUGUCAAUUGGCUCCUUGAACACGAAAAUGCCGCUAUGGGCUGGGACAUAAGGGCCAAGAAAGUAACGAUCUUUGAUACCGGCGAUCAAACGUUUGACGUGAGCACUUUGAGUCAUGUUAUUCAAUCAAUUGUCUCAACACUGCAAUACCCAGAAGAAACGAAGAAUACUUAUGUCUACGUACGGUCCUUCACGACCACGCAGAACAAACUUUUGGCUACCUUGGAGAGGAUAUCUGGGAGGAAAUUCAAGGUAACCAGGGCUAAUACGAAAGACCUUGCUGAGCGAGGGCAGGAACAUUUGAAGCAGGGAGAUUAUGAACGCGGGUACCCGGAGAUUGUAACUGCUCUUGGGUAUGGCCCGUGGGGAUUCCUGGACUUCAAAGAGCGCGCAGAAAAAUGGAAUCGGACUCUGGGUUUGAAGAUUUCCAAGGAGGAGAGUCUGGACUCCAUUAUUGAAGACGUUUUGAAGAAGAAGGAUGUUAUCUAG